GAAAGACGAGAGACGAAUGACGAGGUGAUAUGCUCUAGAGAGUCCAACGAAACAAACAUCAGCCAGUCUAGUCCUUGGUCAGCUCUUCUCAAUCAAGCCACGCCGCAGAGCUGCAGGGCUCAGAAUCCUCUCAUGGCGCGGCAUACUCUCACCAUUCGACCGUAUAGAAAAUCGUCCCCAACCAACGAAGUAAAAGUCUGCAAGAACUAUUCGAUUCGCAGCUGCCAGAUACCAACGCUCCACUUGGAGCUGUCAGUUUGA